AUGGCGAAUGUAACCACGCCCGGUAAUCAGUCGAUUCUAGCCGAGUUUCCUUAUCUGGACCAAACUUCUCACACUCUUAUCAAUAGCACGUCACUUUUGGCUCAGACUAUUAAUGUGCCGUAUCAAACGUUUAGAUCGUUCGUUUCAUCCAUUGCCCAACGCUAUGCCUCAGUUCAUGCUCAUGUGGAACAACCUCAGGUGAACGAAAACUUCACAACUUCACCUGAUUUCUUUUGGAUGUCGGUUACAUAUUUCCUUUCUGGAUAUGCUGCUAGUUGCUUGUUUGUUGCAGUUAUUUUGAAUAGGUUAAUGGCUAUGUCCAGUUUGAGGUCAACGAAUCAACAGUUAAAAUUGGCUCCUUGGGCGAAGGUCACUUUCCAUAUGAUUGCAUUGUUAUCUUUAGGAUACGCGCUUAUACAAAUUGGUGCUCAGUUUAGAUUUUACGGAGAGGAACAACCAGCUGGUUCGUAUAUGUCCAUUUGUUACGGAAUUGUAUGUCUAUCACAUUGCAUUGAAACUUUCAUAACUACCACCGCAAAUUUAAAGCCUUUGGAAGAAUCAGAUUAUUCGCUUUUCGAGUUGAGUAGCGCGUUCUAUCAGCUAAGCAAGUCUAAUGCAACAGUUGAUUCAUACGGAUACACAUGCAUUAUAUGCCUUUUAGGUAGAUUUAUCAUACAUUUUGUUGAAAUUUUCAAUAUUAGGCAUUACAGAAUUAUAUUCUCUACAUUGUUGAACGUUCCGUUUUCUGUCUAUAUGAUUUACCUACAAUUCACUUCAAAUUUAUCUGGUAUAGGGUCCUUUCAAGUGUUUCGUGUGUUCAAAAAUGGUCCAAAGAUCUUAUCCACUAGUAUCGUCAUCCUUUCUUAUCUCUGCUAUAAGCUAUCCUGUUUGGUAAGGAUGGGAAAUUUUGGUUCACGUUUCGGAGCAACAAGUAGAGUGGAAGAGUUACAAUUUUAUUCAUUUUGGCAAAAUUGGACCACGUAUUUGAACUUAAGUGGUGAAGAAGAUUUUUACUCUGUCGCCUUAAAGUUUGCCGUGUUCCUCUGUAAUCCAAAACAGGCGAGAACUAAUGGUAUUCACAGAGAGUUCGAAGAUGUUACAACUCCCACAUCACUACACAAAAGCUACUUGAUAAGCGGAUAUCUAAAUAAGGUCGAUGCGGUACCAGCACAGGAACUCGACUUUAGAAGAGAUCUUCGAUCAACUUCUGUUUGGAGAUUAAGAAUAUCUUGGUAUGUGACUAUGGUCAAAUAUCUUAUAGGUUGGUUCAAAUAUUUCUGGAAGGGAAACAAGGGCCGUAACAUUCUCGAAGAACCAGAACGAAAUUUCAAUGACUUUGUCACGGAGAACAACUAUGUCAAAUUCCUUCAUGUAAAGGAUGAAAAGGACACUGACAAAUUUUUGUUACCGGAAGAGGACUACACAGAGGACUAUGUUCCUUUGGAAACCGAAAUAGAGGAUGUCGAUGAUGAGUUGGAAGAAUAUGACGAAGACGAGUAUGAUGAUAAUUUUAACGAUGUGGAUGAUGACUUCUAUUCCGAUACCGAAGGCCCCAUACACGGAGCUGGCCAAGAAAGAAGGAUAAAUAAUAGACAAUUGGCUAUGGCACAAGAACUUUUCAAUCCAGAACAAAUCCAGGAAUUGAUCCGUUCGCCAAAUGAAAUGAGUUGGUACCUUUCUACGUGGGCCAUACUGAACUACGAAAACGUUACAAAUGAACGAAUGUUGACCAGACGGAGGUUUGCAAGAAACAACGAAUUAGGCAUAUUACGCGAAGUAAUGUCAGAACGUUCUCCAAAGAUACACGAAAUACAUGAACAUCAUUUGCAUGAUCAGGAUUCUGACGAUGAAGCGGUAGAUCUUGCAUGUGUUGUUUGUAAGACAAACACAAGAAACAUAAUUCUAUGGCCAUGUAAAUGUUUUGCCCUUUGCGAAAACUGUAGGAUGUCUUUGGGCCUUCGUGGAUUCAAUACCUGCAUUUGUUGCAGGAGAGAAGUUUCUGGGUACAGCAAAUUAAAUAUUGUUUAG